UGGAAAGAAGAAGAAGGAGAAGAAGAAGAAAAAGAAGAAGGAGAAGAAGAGGGAGAAAUAAGGGGCGCAACCGGAUCGUGCACACUGGCUGUUCCCGAGGACAUAUAGACUUCCCUUUGCUCUGCACCUUUUGUUGCUCCUCAUGCUCACACUGUAAAAGUGGAUAUCGAGGCAGUUCCCUUGCUUUGUGUGCUCGCAGCAGAGACUCUUUUUUUUUUAUCCCCCCUUUUUUUCUUCCCUUCCCGCCCCGCCAUGUCGUUCCCUCAGCUGGGAUAUCAGUACAUCCGACCGAUAUACCCGCCGGAGCGCCAGGGGAUCGCCGGCAACGCCGCCCGGGCCGCCGCCGGGACCGAGCUCAGUCCGUCGGGCGCGCUCUCCAACGUGCUCUCCUCCAUGUACGGGUCUCCGUUCGCGGCGGCGGCGCAGGGCUACGGAGCGUUUCUGCCCUACUCGAACGACAUAUCCAUUUUCAAUCAAUUGGGUGCUCAGUAUGAACUCAAAGACAGCCCCGGGGUGCAGCACCCAGGCUUCGCCCACCACCACCCUGCGUUCUACCCAUACGGCCAAUAUCAGUUCGGCGACCCAUCCAGACCCAAAAACGCCACCAGGGAGAGCACCAGCACCCUGAAGGCCUGGCUCAGCGAGCACCGCAAGAACCCGUACCCCACCAAGGGGGAGAAGAUCAUGCUGGCCAUCAUCACCAAGAUGACCCUCACCCAGGUGUCCACCUGGUUCGCCAACGCGCGGCGGCGGCUCAAGAAGGAGAACAAGAUGACCUGGGCCCCGCGGAACCGCACCGACGAAGAGGGGAAUGUUUACGGCAGCGAUCACGAGGGGGAGGAGGGGGACAAGAGGGAGGACGAGGAGGAGAUCGACCUGGAGAACAUCGACACGGAAAAUAUUGAGAACAAGGACGACUUGGACGACCAGGACGACCUGCACUCCGACAUUAAACUCGACGGGCGGAGCGACUCGGAGAUUUCGGACGGCUAUGAGGAUUUACAAGGGCCCGACCAGAGGUUUCUCAAGGCGGUGCAGGGGAAAGAGGGCAAGGACGCGGAGCGGGGAGGAGAGCUCUUCCACCACCACCACCAUCACCACUCGUCUUUGGACAGCAAGGCGGCGCAGGGCAACGGCGAGCCGCUCAAACUUAACCCGGUGUCCGUGAGCUCGCCGCCCUCGGAGAACCACCCGGCCCCCCCGGCCCAGAAGCCAAAGAUCUGGUCCCUGGCGGAGACGGCCACGGCCCCGGACAACCCGCGCAAGUCGCCGCAAAUGAACGGCGGCGGCGGCGGCGGGCACUCGGCGGCGGGAGGGGGGCACGCGGCGGCGCAGACCAUCAUGGCCCCGCACAGACUCAUCUCGACGUGUCCCGUUGGGAAAAUCCACCAGAACUGGACGAACCGAGCCUUCUCGGCGCACCAGCUGGCUUUACUGAACUCCAACCACUACCUGGGACUGGCCAACCAGGCCACCGCCACCGGCCUGGCCCUCUACAGCAGCAGCAGGCACGCGGAGGACAAGAGCCAUAGUUCAGAGACUUCAGGUACAUGUCCCCGACACUGAGACGCGCACGUGAGACUCACUACACAACAAAAAGAAAGACAAAAAGACACUAUAGUCUCCGAUGCCCGUCACUCAUUUCUAUUAUUUUAUUUUUUAUUUUAUUUUUAAACUCCUUUUGCCUUCUUUGCCUGCUCAAUGGAUUUAGUUUUGUCUCUUUUUUUCUUCUUCAGGCUACACAGAUGAACAGUGUUACAAUAUAAUAGCUUACAGAAUACAGUGUGUGUGACGUAUGCGCGUGCGUGUGUGUGUGUGUGUGUGUGAGAGUUCGUGUGUGUAUGUGUGUGUGUCUAACUGCUUUGAGAGAAAUUAUAAAAAGAAAAGCUUAAAACUUAACAGAAAGCAUUUAAGACAACAACAAAAAGUCACACGUUGAAUUGGGUGAAAAGUGUUCUUAACUUCCGGUUCCUCUUUUAUCUGGUACUUCCAUGUUGAGGCCCACGUGCUGUUAUUCGAUGGUUUACAUGAGUCCCUCAUCCUAUUGAAAGCCAAUUUAUACUUGUUCAACAUUAAAUUCACUGAAACCCGGGAUGGGAGGUUCAAUGAAUGCGUUUUUUUUUUUAAUGUUUUUUUUCAUUGCCACAAUUUCAGAGAGAUCUUAUAGUGCCUUGGAUGCAGAGAAGAAGAAGAAAAAAGUUGUUAAAAACAUCUUUCCACCCAGUUCAAAGAGAGCGAGGCUGUCAAUAUGACAUUGGGAUUUUUUUUUCUGAUGCCAUAUCACAUUUUAAUUUUUUCUUCUUCAAACGCAAUAUUUACCCAAAUUAAGCUUUUAUUCUAGGAUUGUUUUUCUUCCUUUUUUUUUUUUUUACCCCUGUGUGUGUGCGCGUGCGCGUGUGUGUUUUUUUUGUCGUCAAGGCCUAUGUUACACUUACUUGUUUGGUCAUGCAAAUGAGCUCAAUGCAAAUUCACUUCAGGCUCCUUUUUUGAAAAGGCAAUUGUCACCUUUUAUAUCUUUUUUAAAAAUGUUUUUUGUUUGUUGCUUUUUCCCAAAAGCUUUUUUUAUCAGUCAGAUUUAUUUUGAGAUCAACACACUCUAGCUUCUGUUCCCCCACCUCAGGCCUCAGACCGUCUCUCUCUCUCUCUUUCUCUCUCUCCAUAACCUCACACCAAUCCUCUUUAUUCUUUUAGUAUUUUUUUUAUUUGAAUAUGGAAUGUAAAAUAAGAAUAAUACAUCUCUGUAUACUUACAUUGUAAGCAUGUCCCGUGUAAAACUGCUAAUGUAAUAAUGUAUGAACCUGUAGUCUGUGAGUUUGUUUUUCCUUUUCAUUUCUUUCCUUUUUUGUAAGUUCUGUGAGGAUUUGAUGUUCAAAAUGUUUUUUGUAUAUAAAGUUAAGAAUAUGUACAUACUUGUGAACCAAAUUGUACAAGAAAGUCUAUAUUUUGGCUAAUAAAUGAACUGCUGCAACUUUAAA